AUGGAGAAAAAUCCCCUACUGAAAGCAGUCGUUCUCACUCUAGUUAUUCUCUCAAAAUUUAAGGCAAAUGGUCAAAUUAGCACGCCGUGUACAAGUUCAAUUAUCAGCAGCUUCACCCCCUGCUUAAAUUACCUCACCGGAAGCAGUGCAAAUGGGGGGUCGCCGACUGCCCAAUGCUGUGAUUCGCUAAAAUCCCUCAUGACUGACAGCGUUGAGUGUGGAUGCUUAAUAGUAACAGGAAACGUCCCUGUUUCAGUACCUUUUAUUAGCCGACCCUUGGUAAUUUCACUCCCACGAGCAUGCAAAACUGGUGUGCCAUUACGCUGCAAAGCCACUGGCGUUCCUUUACCCGCUCCAGGACCUGCUUUAUUUCGGCCACCGCCGGCACCUGUGGCUUCUUCCCCGCUGAGUCCCAAAGGACCUGCUUUAUUUCGGCCACCGCCGGCACCUGUGGCUUCUUCCCCGCUGAGUCCCAAAGGACCUGCUUUAUUUCGGCCAACGCCGGCACCUGUGGCUUCUUCCCCGCUGAGUCCCAAAGGUAAUAUGCAAAAUGCAUCGCACUUUUGCCUGAAUAUGAUUGUGAGAGACGAAGAGCGUGCUCGUGCUCCUGAUGAUUAUGUAAUUUCCCAUGUUGAUAAACAAUACAUGUUUGCUUUCCGUUGA